AUGGACACAUACAUGUAUUAUGGAGAUCCAGAGAAGAUUAAUAAUUAUCAAGAAUGCGUCAAAGCAAUUAACAAACUUCCAGAAAUUAAAUUGAGCCAAAGCGACUUGGAUGAAAUAGCAGUGCUUGGAAAUAGUGUAGUGCAGAACUUUGGAGAACUUGAAGGUGUUGUUCAAAAAGUAGUUGACAAGUGUGCAGAUAGAGAUUCUAACGAAACACUUGAGAUCUUGACUUACUUCUUACGGUGUUUAAUUUCGUCAUCCCAUUUACUUAAAACGGACCCAAAAACAGCGUUCUACAGUGGAUUUAUGUUGUCUGAACUUUCAUACAAAUGCAAGGCGUUUAGAGAUAUAGUCCAACUGAUACUACGAAGUGUCUCGCCAUGUUUAAAUUCAGUCUAUGUGAAAAAAGAAGGAAAUGAUUAUAAGAUAUUGAUGGGGUAUUUGAGUGACGAGAACGGGUUACAGUAUAUCGAGCGGAUUGAGAAGAUAUUUAGAAUAUACUGA